GCGCCGGAGGGCGGCCGUCCCUCCGUGCGGGGUUUCCGGGCCGCGGGCUAGGCUCGGGUUCGCCCGCGUCCGCCUCCCGGGCCGCGCUGGCCCCUGCGACGCCGCGGUCGCGCACGUUCCGACUCCGGGACCUCGUCUCCCCAGGCCCGCGGGGACGCUCGGCUCCGAGAGUUAAACCAGAGAAUUCACCAUCGCCUCCAUGGCUGCCUCGCAGACUUCACCAACUGUUGCGUCUCAUGUUCCUUUUGCAGACUUGUGCUCAACGUUAGAACGAAUACAGAGAAGUAAAGGACGAGCAGAAAAAAUGAGACACUUCAGGGAAUUUUUAGAUUCUUGGAGAAGAUUUCACGAUGCCCUUCAUAAGAACCAAAAAGAUGUCAAAGACUCUUUUUAUCCAGCAAUGAGACUUAUUCUUCCUCAGCUGGAGAGAGAGAGAAUGGCGUAUGGAAUCAAGGAAACCAUGCUUGCUAAACUUUAUAUCGAAUUGCUUAAUUUGCCUAAAGGAGGAAAAGAUGCCCUUAAACUUUUAAAUUACAGAACGCCCACCGGAACUCGUGGAGAUGCUGGUGACUUUGCAAUAAUUGCAUAUUUUGUGUUGAAACCAAGAUGUUUGCAGAAAGGAAGUUUAACCAUACAGCAGGUAAAUGACAUUUUAGACUCAAUUGCCAGCAAUAAUUCUGCCGGAAGAAAGGACCUAAUUAAGAAGAGUCUUCUUCAGCUAAUAAGUCAGAGUUCAGCACUGGAACAGAAGUGGCUUAUACGGAUGAUUGUAAAGGACUUAAAACUCGGUUUCAGUGAACAGUCCGUAUUUUCUGUUUUCCAUAAUGAUGCUGCCGAGUUGCAUAAUGUCACCACAGAUCUGGAAAAAGUCUGCAGGCAGCUGCAUGAUCCUUCUGUAGGACUCAGUGACAUUUCCAUCACUUUAUUCUCAGCCUUUAAACCGAUGCUGGCUGCUAUAGCAGACAUUGAGCGGAUCGAGAAGGACAUGAAACACCAGAGCUUCUACAUUGAAACCAAGCUUGAUGGGGAGCGCAUGCAAAUGCACAAGCAGGGUGGGGAGUACCAGUACUUCUCCCGAAACGGAUUUAACUACACGGAUCAGUUCGGCAAAUCUCCACAGGAAGGUUCUCUUACACCGUUCAUUCACAGUGCGUUCAAAACAGACAUACAGAUCUGUAUCCUGGAUGGCGAGAUGAUGGCCUUCAACCCUAACACACAGACUUUCAUGCAAAAGGGGACUAAGUUUGAUAUCAAAAGAAUGGUGGAGGAUUCUGAUCUGCAGACUUGUUACUGUGUGUUUGAUGUACUGAUGGUUAAUAAUAAAAAGCUGGGACGUGAGACCCUGAAAAAGAGGUAUGAGAUUCUUACCAGUGUUUUUACACCAAUACCAGGCAGGAUAGAAAUAGUGCAGAAGACACAAGCUCAUACUCAGAAAGAAGUGAUCGAUGCUUUGAAUGAAGCAAUAGAUAAAAGGGAAGAGGGGAUCAUGAUAAAACAUCCUCUGUCGAUUUACAAGCCAGACAAAAGAGGCGAAGGAUGGCUGAAGAUUAAACCGGAGUACGUGGACGGGCUGGUGGAUGAGCUGGACAUCUUAAUCGUCGGGGGCUACUGGGGUAAGGGUUCACGAGGGGGAAUGAUGUCUCAUUUCUUAUGUGCCGUAGCAGAGACGCCUCCUCCUGGUGAAAAACCGUCAGUGUUUCAUACUCUGUGCCGUGUCGGUUCAGGUUACACCAUGAAAGAACUAUACGAUCUGGGUUUGAAGUUGGCCAAACACUGGAAGCCUUUCCAUAGAAAAGCUCCACCGAGCAGCAUUUUAUGUGGAACAGAGAAGCCAGAGGUGUACAUCGAGCCUUGUCAUUCUGUCAUUGUUCAGGUUAAGGCCACAGAGAUCGUCCCCAGCGAUAUGUAUAAGACUGGCUGCACACUGCGUUUUCCACGAAUUGAGAGGAUCAGAGAAGACAAAGAGUGGCACGAGUGCGCCACCCUGGACGGGCUGGAGCAGCUUCGCGGAAAAGCGUCGGGAAAGCUGGCUUCUAAACACCUUUACGUCGGCGACAGCGAUGAGCCACAAGAAAAGAAGCGGAAAGCUGCCCCGAAGAUGAGGAAAGUUAUCGGCAUUAUCGAGCACUUAAAAGCACCCAACCUUUCUAAUGUAAACAAAGUGUCUAAUAUAUUUGAAGACGUGGAGUUCUGUGUCAUGAGCGGCACGGACGGCCAUCCGAAGCCCGAUCUGGAGAACAGAAUUGCAGAAUUUGGGGGUUACAUAGUGCAGAAUCCAGGCCCAGACACGUACUGCGUCAUUGCAGGGUCCGAGAACAUCAGAGUGAAAAAUAUAAUUUCUUCGGACAAACACGAUGUUGUCAAGCCCGAGUGGCUGUUGGAGUGUUUUAAGACCAAAAGCUGCGUGCCGUGGCAGCCUCACUUUAUGAUUCACAUGUGCCCGUCGACAAAGGAGCAUUUUGCCCGUGAAUACGAUUGUUACGGUGACAGUUAUUUCGUUGAUACGGAUUUGAACCGACUGAAGGAAGUGUUCUCAGGAAUUAAAAAUUCUGGCGCACAAGCUCCUGGAGAAAUGCCCUCUGUGAUUGCUGAUUUAGAGCAUCGGUAUUCCUGGGACCGCUGCCCUCUCAGUAUGUUUCGGCACUGCAUUGUUUACGUGGACUUGUAUGCGGUUAUUAAUGACUUGAGUACCAGCGUCAAGGGAACAAGAUUAACCGUUACGGCUUUGGAGCUUCGAUUUCAUGGAGCCAAAGUGGUUUCUCGUUUAGCUCAGGGAGUGUCUCAUGUCAUCGUUGGGGAGGAUCAGAGACGUGUGGCAGAUUUAAAAGCUUUUCGAAGAACUCUUAAGAGAAAGUUUAAAAUCCUGCAACAAGAUUGGGUCAUUGAUUCAAUAGACAAGUGUGAGUUGCAGGAGGAAAAUCGGUAUUUGGUUUAAAGCUAGCUUUUCUACAGAGGAAAGCAUGUGGUCCAGUGGCAAGGGGUGACAAGGGGUUGUGACAAGGGGUCCUGAUAAAAAAUGAAACUGUAUUUUAUUUUUAAUCCCUUAAAAUUUAUGCUUAAACAGUAUUAUGAGAUACAGAAAAACAAUUUAAAUAUAUGAGAUAGACAAGACACUGAAUGGACCAAAGCCAAGAAAUAAAAAAUUCUUUUAGCCAUGUGGUAUUCAGUGACUUUUAAAACCAAGAUGAAAUAAACAGUUUAAUGAAGAGACAUUUAUAUAAUAUCCCUAUAGAAUUUGAGAAUUUUGACUCAAAUAUUAAUUGGUUACAUUCAUAAGCUUUUAGAGUCAUUAAAAGUAUUGAUCUAAGUGGAUUUUCUGAGGUCAAAAUUUUAAUAGUUUUUAUCUAAUUAAAGCAUUACAAGAAAGAAGCAGAAUUGCUAUAAUGCACUUAUAAAAAUAUUUCUUUUAAAUUGAAGGCUAACAUUCUUUCAAGUGUGAAAUGUAAACAAAUUUAUUUUUUAAGGUUAAGGGCAAGCUCAUGAAUAAAACCUUGUUGAUGUCAUUAGGUAAAUUAGGAGAAAUAACUUAAAAUUAGAUGAAUUUAAUUAAAAGAAACUUGAAGUUUUAAAGU